AAUCCGAUCCCUAGCUCCACACCGGUCAACUCUAAAAAAGCCCAGACGUAGAUCUUGUGAAAACAUCCCGUCUCCGCGGAAUAAGCUUCUUCUUACCGCCUUUUUAUUUCCUUUCCCGUCUUCAUUUCUUCCCACCCUAGGUAAUUCCUCGAUGCCUUCCCAUCUUCGACGAUGAUGAACAACAUGCCCACGUACCUACCGGCGCCGCCGACGCUGGAGGGGAUAGAGAACCUCGAAGACUGGAAGUCGAGCGUGCUGGACCACCUGCGGCUGCACAAGCUGCAGCGGUUCGUGGAGGAGCACGUGCCGGUGCCGGCGAAGGGAUCGUUCGAGCGGAGCGUGUUCGAGCACCAGCGGCUGCACGCGAAGAUCCUGGUGACGCAGACGCUGGGGGCGGAGGUGAAGAAGGCGCUGCGGCGGGAGCACGGGUGGGAUCAGGAGGCGGAGGAGGACCCGAAGGUGGUGUGGGACCUGGUGCUGGCGGCGGUGCCGCGGGUCGGGGACGAGGGGGUGGAGGCGCUGGCGCAGCGGCUGGGGCGGGCGGACGCGCGGCGGCACGCGAGCCUGGGCGAGUUCGCGGACGACUUCGUCGGCGCGCGGCGGCACCUCGCGCUGCUGGGCGUCGAGGUCGGCGACGGGCUGGCGAAGUGGCUGCUGCUGGCGGCGCUGCGGCCCUACGACGCGGCGUGGCACGCGGCGCUGCUGCGCGACCACCACCCGGACCGCGCGAGCUGGGCCGAGCUGGUGGCCGAGGUGGCGGCGCGCGCGCGGCGCGAGGCCGCGGCGGUGAAGCAGGCGCGCGCCGCGGCCGCCGUGGCCGCCAAGCUCGCGCGCCCACCGUCCGCCAAGCCCGACGACCCCCCGCCGACGGCGCCCUUCGACGACCCGACCGUGCUCGACUGCUCCGUCUGCGGCCACGAGCACGAGUCCACCUGGGCCUGGUGCAAGGGCUGCAAGAAGCACCACUCGCAGUAUUGGAAGUGCGUCGGGCUCGACGCGGAGGACGAGGAGAGCGUGCUGGACCCGUGAGAGGGAAGGGGGUGGUGCAUUACGCGAUGGCGGCGCCCGUUUUGGUUGGACGGGGCCUGGCUCGGGGGUCGGAUUGUCGUCUGCGGGGAAGCCCCGGUUGGUUACGAGUUGCUACGAAAUUGUCGACGGGAGGGGGAGCCCUAGAAGCGAAAACGUGCAGUAUAACCUGUGUGAUGAGGAAGUGGACCUAUGUGGGUGUUAUGUCUGUCUAUGCCGCCGAAGGGGCGUAUAGAGAGUUGGGAUAUCUCUCUUUAGGUGUUUGUCUUUUUGUCCCCUUGUUGGCGGGUUAACCCAGUUCUUGUUGAGAGCUACAUCAUACGCUCCCCUCUCACCUAUGGC